AUGAACACCGCCGGAAAAAUCUUCGCUCGCAUCCUUCUCAACCACCUGGAACAGUGUCUCCUGCCGAAAAGCCAGUGCGGCUUCCGCCGUCAUCGUGGGACCACGGACAUGGUCUUCGCCGUCCGUCAAUUUCAAGAGAGGUGUCAAGAGAUGCGGACCUACCUGUACUCUACUCUCGUAGAUCUGACGAAAGCCUUCGAUACGGUGAAUCGUGAAGGACUGUGGAAAAUCACGCAGAAAUUCGGCUGUCCCGGACGAUUCACUCUGAUGGUGCGUCAGUUCUACGACGACAUGAUGGCACGGGCCACGGAGUCUCAGAGGCAUUCGCAGUGA